UGGCUGCGGCGAUCGUUCCCGUGGCCCUGUGGCGGCAUGCAGAACGUCAUCAACACGGUGAAGGGGAAGGCCCUGGAGGUGGCCGAGUACCUCACUCCCGUCCUCAAGGAAUCCAAAUUUAAAGAAACUGGAGUCAUUACACCUGAAGAAUUUGUCGCAGCUGGCGAUCACUUAGUUCACCACUGUCCUACUUGGCAAUGGGCUUCAGGAGAAGAGCUGAAAGUCAAGGCUUAUCUGCCAACAGACAAACAAUUUUUGGUAACUAAAAAUGUACCGUGCUACAAAAGGUGCAAGCAGAUGGAGUACUCAGAUGAGCAGGAGGCAAUUAUAGAAGAAGAUGAUGGUGAUGGGGGAUGGGUAGACACCUUUCACAAUGCAGGUAUAGCGGGUGCAACAGAAGCAGUUAAGGAGAUCACUCUAGACUGUAAGGAUAAUAUAAAAAUACCAGAGCGAUCAGCAUCCUGUGAAGAUGAUGACGAGGAAGAUGAAGGAGAAGCUGCAGACAUGGAAGAAUAUGAAGAAAGUGGGCUAUUGGAGACAGAUGAUGCAACACUUGACACAAGACAGAUUGUAGAAGUUAACAAAGCCAAAGUUGAUGUUGGAGGGGAAGAUGCUAUUCUACAGACUAGAACUUAUGACCUCUACAUCACUUACGACAAGUAUUACCAAACUCCAAGGCUCUGGUUAUUUGGAUAUGAUGAGCAACGGCAGCCUUUAACAGUAGAGCAUAUGUAUGAAGACAUUAGUCAAGAUCACGUCAAGAAGACUGUGACCAUUGAAAACCAUCCUCACCUUCCUCCACCUCCCAUGUGCUCAGUUCAUCCAUGCAGGCACGCAGAAGUGAUGAAGAAAAUAAUAGAGACUGUUGCAGAAGGUGGAGGAGAACUUGGAGUUCACAUGUACCUUCUUAUUUUCUUGAAAUUUGUACAGGCAGUCAUUCCAACAAUAGAAUAUGACUACACAAGGCACUUUACAAUGUAACUAAGAUAAAAGAUCCUGUAUCAAGUCUUUUUUUUAAAUAACCCAUCCAUGUGACAUACAUUAUACACAAUUUCUGUAAUUAACCUUUUAUCAAGCUGAUAGAUGAAAAUAAAAUGUUCCAUUACCAGCCUUUUUAAUAAAAGUUUUUGUGUGUAAUAAAUAAAUCACUUUCAUUCCUGUAUACAUACUGCAAUAAGAAGUGGAUUUUUUUUGUUCAUAAUUCUUUCAAAAUGAUUUCAACAGAAAACUAUUUUUCCUCCAUACACGGAAGUCAGUCUCCUUUAUUAGUAGAAUCCUUAUGCUUUUGGCUUUGUUGCUAAGAUGAUUCUCAAAAAUGUGAUUCAUUUAUUUUUGUCUGAUUUAAAUUCACCUGAAAGCGAAGGCAUUUGGGGUUUGUUUUUUUUGCUGGUUUUUUGUUUGUUUGUUUAUUUGUUUGUUUUCCCCUCGUUGUGAAUGCUUAUAUUUGCUCUAACUGUAGGAAGAUUUAAACCUGAAAGAAAUUAAGUAGAAUCUUGUUAGGAAAACUUAACUGCAUCUUAAACUAAAGUAGCUCCAAAUAAGCAUGCUAUGAAAACUAAUUUAUAUUCACACUAGAACAAGGUUAGCAUUUUGAGAUGGAAUUUUUAGGGAGAGAAAUAGUAUUAGUGUGUAGUCUGUUGAUCUUGUAAUAAAGGCAAGAACAGUCGUGUUGAAAAAAUCCCAGAUUGAAGGUAGAGGGUUAAAAUCACUGUGUUAGACUAAAGUUUAGUCUUGUAACGUGUCUUGACCUAUAGACUAUGCUAACUGGUAGCUUAAUAGCAUGGUUUCCAUUUUGAGGGUAACUGAACCUGUUAUUGUUUGUGAUGUUUGUGAAGUCAGGUAUCACAGACACAUCCAGGUUUUGGCAGCCACUUUUUUUCGCUGUACAACAUUAGUUUUUCAUUGAUGGAGAUGGGGAGAAAGGAUUGGUAAGUGUAUGUCAUAGGUUCACUUAAAUCUGUGUAGCUAUCGCAACAUCAUUGUCUGCCAAACGUCACCCUGCCAGAGAAUCCGAAGUUGGAUACCUGUGGCUGUCUGAAUUUACUGUUGGAGAAGAAGGCUGGCAUAAGGGAACCCUUUCUUGGCUGUUCUCUGUACCAUGCUCUUACCUGAGAGCCUGUAACCAAUUCUUCUGUAUUUAAAUUAACUUUCCUCUUUUGAUAUCCAUCUUCACUUCCUUCUUGGACAGAAUUUAAGCAAUGUCUGCGUAAGUGAACAGUAAUGCUGGCUGAAACAUGAUAAAAACCACACCCACUGAGUCAUGCAAUAAGAUUUCCUUAUCAGAUUCAUUUCAAAGAUGUUUUGGAUUUUUUGGUAGCGGGUGAAAUUGUUGUUCUUCACCUAGUGAAUAGAUUCUUUUUACUUUUUUAAUGAGGAGGGGACCAAACAGAUCUUAUGAUUUAAAAUUAACCAGCAUUAAUACAUUAUGUUGGAGUUUCUGUUUCUUUGCUCUGCCAAAAUGUUCUCGUUAGGAGGGUAAAUUAGUUUUUCACUGGUUUCCAAUAUGUUAAGAUAGUAAUUAUGACAUUCUUCUUAGUCAGGCUGUUGGUGAAAGUAAGUUGGCAUGAUUUAAACUACUGAAGGCUUUUUUGUGUGACCAUUUCAGAUAAACAGGGCAACAGCACUGAAGCCAGCUAGCCAGUGGCUUCCAUCAGCACCAGGAUAUUAAAUAUUGAAUUUGUAGCACUAAUAUACUCUGAGUACCAUAAAGCCCAUCCCACACUUGAAAAUAAGCAGAUACUUGGUGACUAACAUGUAUGAUGCUCUCUAUUUGGCUGCAUAUCAGAGUGGCUGUACCUGACCUGAAAAGCUGAUGUGUAUGCUUCCAGCAGUUAUACUGUACAUUCAUAUUUUGUUCUGUUUGGCACUAGUAUUAAAAAUUCCUUUUAAAGUGAGGAUUGCUGUUGUAGGAUCUGCUAUAAAUUUAAGCAAAUACAAUAACUUCAGUUGUAGCUUUUAGCGAAUUCUGCAUGGUCUGAAUUUUUCUUCUACGUUAAAAAAGUUCCUGAGAAGUUCUGCUCUCCUGGUGUGCUUCCUCUGCUGCACAUUUUAUAGUUUCUAUGGCUUUACACUUGCCUUCUAGAUCACUAUUUAUCAGUCUUAGACUUUUCUGAAUACAUCCUAGUUUACAGGUAUUGCAGUGGAAACCUGGGUAAAAUUCUGAUUCCAUUGAAUCUGAACUGAAGUUGUGGUUUUAUUUAUUCAUUUAUUUAUUGCUAGAGAAAAUGGGUUUUGAUGAAAAGGGACUAACCUCAGUGAUACUAAAUGAGACGUGAAAAAAAAACAAACCACAUUUAUUUAUUUAGAAUUUUGAAAGUUCAAUUCAUCUGUUCCUUGUAGGUGUGGGAAAGUGCAGCUGGUUUAACCAGCUUGGUAACAAACAGCCUAAUCAGUUGCUAGAAUACCAGAAUGCCUGUGUUCUGACCGCUUUUAUUCUAAGCAGAAAGAAAGCCAAGGUGGACAUGCUGCUAUGACUGACUUAGCAUGAAGGCAGUUUGUCCUGUUUAGCAAAUCAGUGGUAAGACUGCACAAAUAAAGAAAUCCUAGUAUAGAAGUCAAACAGAAACACAGAAUACAAGAAGGACUGAGAGUAGGAGCAAAAUCCCUUGUGGAAUAAGACUGAAAAGUUUGGGGCAAAAAUAAGUAAAAAUUUUUUGAGUCUGUUGUUACUAAUGUUAAUGGAAGGUAGUUUUUCUUUCUUAAUAGGAACAUUUUUCAGACCAAAAGGCAACAAUGUCAGACAAAUAUGUUAAAUAUUUUUGUUCUGCAUUUUUGCUGUCCUAUAGUCUGUAUGACCACAGAUGUUAUGUGGUCAUAGAAGAGCCGCACGGAAUGUGUUCUUAUAUGUGUGCUGCCACCAAAUACAGCAUGUGUAAGUUGUUCUCAGAAAGAAAGGUGAAGAGUUUCUAAAUACUGUUCAUUUUCACAGUAUGCACUUGUGGCUUUCAACAUAGUACAUCUGCUUCAAAUUUUCUAAAAUUAGUCAUUUUUUAACUUCUAUUAGCUUUAGUGCAUUCUUACAGAUGUGAAGAUAUUUAUUUGGUGGCUUCUCAUAUGAAUUGUGCCUGGUAGAUUUGGUAAGUGCCCUCUCCAUCUUUUACCUGCAUUCAAAACCAUGUGUUUGCUGCUGAUCAAUAAUUAACUCACUGUUUGCCCAUAGAAGUCCUUUCACCCUUUGCUAAAUGAAGUAUUCUUACUGGGCACGUUGUGCUUUUUGUGUGCUUGAAUGGGAGAGGGAGAAGUCUGUGUGAGGUUAUUAAUAGCAACCAAUUCAAUAAUUGCUAUAUAACCUUUACUUUAUGCUAGCUCCCUCUUUGUCACAAUAAUGCAACUGUUAAAACUGACAGCAGCUUUUGAGUUGUUGCUGCCUUGGAGCACUUAGGAUAGUGUUUGUGAUAAAGCAGAAAGAAUUUUGUUAUAGGUCCUAGUAAUUUGUAGAAAGAGGAAAAUAAUUUCAGAGCUCUUUCUUGAAAAGUUAUCUAUUCUUGAUUGCACAGACUCAGUCUAGGCUAUUAGGCCUGAAAAACUUAUGAUUAUAAUUUGUUUUAAGGGUCAAUCUACAGCGCCACCAUUUCAGUAUGUUUCUGUUCCAGGACCAUAAUUACUAGGUGUUGGAAUAGACAAUACAUUUCCUCAGUAGGAAGUAGCUAGCUUUUAUUAUUAGAAAAUACUACUUAUGUUUCUCUUUCCAUGCUUUAUUUUUAUGGAGCAUGUGAAUAUCAAUACAUCCCAAAUAUCAAUGUGAAAAAAUCAUGUGAAUAUCAAUAUAUCCCAAAAGUACUACAUGGUUUUUGGGAAUAACACUGAAUGUCUUUUGUCAGUGUGGACUGGAUCCAAGCAACUCCAUGCAUGGCUUUUGCCCACAAAAUCUUUUGGUGUUACUGCUGCUGUUUAAAAAUAAGGGCAAGCAAUGAUGAUAACAAAACUAGAUACACAUACAGUGUUGCCAAGGAGAAGUUGUUAAUAUUGUAGCUAUGUUUAUGUAUAGACGAUAAAAUUGCAUGGUUUUGAAAGAACUGAACCUGAAAAUGUAUUUCUGCAUCACUUGUAACAUUAUUUAUUUUAGUAUUUUGCAGACAGCCAAUGCUAACUGGAAAAAAAAACAACCA